UUAUGUUAUACCUGGACAACUGAAAUUAAGACGAAAAUUGAAGCAGAUGUUCCUGGAAAAUUACAGAGAGCUGAAGGCCUCCAGCAGGAAGUUCAGAUGCUCACUAAGCAAUUGGAGAAGCAGUAUCAUCACUGUGAAGAAACUGCUGGAGAAUCAUCCGAUACUGAGGAAAAGUAUAUGGAACAAAAAAGACCCUUGAAACAUCUGGAAGGAAAAAUUGCUAUUAAUGACCUUUUUCCAGGGAGAUUAGACUUGGACACGAACAAAGAAAACUCCCAGACUAAGAUUUCCCAGAUGGAGCAUGGCAAAACAUUCAAGCAGCUAGAGAAAGACAACAAGCAAGAAACAUUACUGAAUAUUCAGCAGAAUUCGAAGGUUGUUACAACUCAAAGAUUAGAGGAGAAAAUUCAUAAACUUCAGAAACAGCUCAGUGACUUGAAAUUGUCAAAUAAAAAUAUGAAAACUCAACUGACAAGAGUAAAUGUCCUUAAAGACAAAACAAUUGAGAAGCUCAGGCAAUCUUUAACAAAAGUUGAAGCAAUGAAAGGGAAGGCAGUUAUGGAAACAGACUUGAAAACUACAGUAGACUCUGCUGAGCAAGACGUAAGGUGGGACAAAGAGAGGGCCCAUCAAAUGUUAGAAACUGUCACUCUUGAGCUCUGCACAGCAAAGAGCACACUUGAAGAAGUACCGGGACAACAAGAAGAGCUUGUUGACUUUAGAGAAACUAUUAUGAAGAUGUUGGGAUUUAACAUGAAAACAGCAGACAAGAAAAUCAUCAAUCACCUAAGGCUUAUUAUACAAGUAUACAAAGCAUCUGACAAAUCAAAGAUUGCUUCUGCGUGUGAGACUGGAUAG